GGUCAGUUUCUCGCUGACUGAAAAAGUGGUGAUACUCAUGCAGACGCGUCCGCAAUUAUGAACGCGUGCACCGCAUUGUCGACAGUUUUGUGGUCUCUGGUUUUAUUGCUAUCGUCGUUCGCACAGAAUAAUCGUCAAUCAUGGUUCAACAAUGGACAAGGUAGUCCUGGACAAUUCGGAGCAGGAGGGAACAUAGUGCAUCAGAUCCCGGUGCCCUUGAAUGUAGAAGGUUUGAAUGCGGCACCCAUAACUCUAGCAAUCAUACCUCUGUCAUCCGUACCUUCAGUGGGCAUUUCUAACUGGCAAUAUCCUAGCGGAGGAUUUAACGCGGGUUAUCCAAAUGGAGGCGUUAACAGGAUCAAUCCUAACGGGAUUACCUCUAGCGGUGUCCAUAAUAACGGACCUGCCAUUACCGCAUUUUCUAAUGGGAACUAUUUCAACGGACGUUAUCCUAAUAAUGGAUAUCCUAAUGGCCGCAUUCCUAACAGGGUUUAUCCAAACAUAGUCAAUGGUAAUACGGAAAAUUUUAAUGGACAAAAUCCCAACUUUGCCAUCCCUAAUGUUCCCCACAAUGCAGGCGAAGGAUAUCCUAAUAGGGCCAAUGGUAAUACGGGAAAUGUUAACGGACAAAAUCCCAACAUUGCCUCUCCCCCCAAUGUGUUUCCCCAGAAUGGAGGCAAUCCUAAUAGGGCCAAUGGUAAUGGGAACCUUAAUGGACAAAAUUUCAAUACUAUCUCUCCUAACGUAGUCUCGCACAAUGGAGGCGAUCCUAACACAAACUAUCCUGACGGAGCUAGUAAUAAUGGAGGGCAUCUUAACGGACAAAAUCCUAACAUUGCCACUGCUAACGUGGUUCUCCAUAAUGGAGGCAAUCCUAACGGAGGCUAUCCUAAUGGGGCCAGUGGUAAUAGGGGACAUUCUAAUGGACAAAAUUCCAACAUUGCCACUUCUAACGUGGUCCCCCACAGUGGAGGCAGUCCUGAUGGGGUCAAUGGUAAUGCGGAAAAUUUUAACGGACAAAAUCCCAAUAUUGUCUCUCCUAACGUGGUUCACCAUACUGGAAGUGAUUCUAACGGGCGUAAUCCUAGCGUUAUUUAUCCUAAUGGAAUAUCUUCUAACGGAGGCAGCCAACAUUCUGAAGUAACGGAUUUGAAUAAUCGGAAUGGUGGAAAUGGGCAAAGAGGCACUUAUAAUCCUUCUAGAAUAUCAUACAUAGACGGUAGACCUUUAGGAUUAAAUAAUAACUUUCACUCGAGCUGGACUAAUGCAAAUACCGAGAGAUCGUCCAAAAAUAAGGACGAAACAGAAACGUCAUUCCAAUCCAGUAUCGGCAGCCUUAAUAGGGUACCGGAAAAAAAUGGAAAACUGGACCAUGCACAAUGUAGGGAGGAUGAAUUCCGCUGUAAAAACAACGUAUGUAUACCGUUAAGUGCCAAAUGCGAUAAUAAAACUGAUUGUCGCGAUGCAAGUGAUGAGGCGUAUUGUACUACGGAUUUUAGAAGCAGAAAUCAAGAAAACAGUUGCGUAUUACCUGAACAGCCAAUAGGCGGACGUUACAAGUUGACAGGAUGCGAGGAGCUAUGCCAUAAACGUUCUGGUGAUACCGUCCCGGAGCACAGUGUUAUCACUUAUACUUGUAAAGACGAUUACAAGUUGAGCGAUAAAGAUACUUCCGUUUGUCUCAACAGCGAGUGGUUCCACCAGGUCUCAUGUCUCAAGAUCUGCCCAGAGCUGAAGAGUACCACCGUCAACGUUUCCUGCACUUAUCGAGGGGAAAAGGUGUCUUGUAGCGAUCCUAUAUUACCUGGGACACGAGCCACGAUGACCUGUAAAGAAUUUCAUACAUUACCUUUAGUCACCAAUCCGGGUUACAAGACGAUAGAAUGUCUUAAUGGUGGUGUGUGGGAUCGCGCUAUGUUUCGCUGUGAACCAGACUGUGGCAAAACUGUCUCGCAAGGCCAACAACUAAUUGUAAACGGCGUUAAGGCCAAAAUGGGCUUGUUUCCCUGGCACGUUGGUAUCUACGAAAAGGAUGGCGCCAAAACGUACAAGCAUAUAUGUGGUGGCAAUCUAAUAAGCAAUAACCUCGUUGUUUCAGCUGCACAUUGUUUCUACGACGAGGUUAAAAAUAAACCUUACAACGCGUCGAACUACGCUGUAGGUGCCGGUAAAUACUAUCGUUCUUGGGAUGCCAAAGAGCAGUACAGUCAGAAGUCGUUGGUGGAAUUCAUAAAAUUGCGUCGCAGAUACAUGGGGAAGAGAAAUGUCCUUGCCGAAGAUAUAGCUCUGGUGAAAUUGCAGACACCUUUAAAUUUGAACAUGCUGGUCAGGCCUAUCUGCGUGGAUUGGCAAAACAUAUAUGACAAAGAGCAGCUGCAAUUGGGGCAAUCAGGCAAGCUGGCCGGCUGGGGCAAAGAUAUCACUGGCAAGCCCACAGAGGAAUUAUACGAAGUUACUAUGCCGUACGUGCCGAAUCAGAAAUGUCUGGACGACGUACCUCUAGAAUUCCGCGGAUUGGUCACGCGGGAUAAGUUCUGCGCCGGCCGUAUGAAUGGUUCAAGCGCAUGUGAUGGAGACAGCGGUGGUGGCUUAUGUUUUGGGAAAGAUGGUAUUUGGUAUCUUCGUGGUAUCGUCAGCGUGUCUCCCCAGAAGAAUGAUCAUUGCGAUUACACCUCUUAUGUUGCAUUUACCCGAAUCAGUGCUUAUCUUCCGUGGAUUCAUUAUUCUUACACUAGAACGUAGAUGUCUACAGGGAUGUGAAUCGUACAAUGCACGAAAUAUGUUGUCUAUGUCAUCGAACCAGCAAUGAUGCGAGACAAAAGUACGUGAUGCAUGAACAAAGUAGCAAGAUUGACAAAAUCUUAAAUAAUGAUGAUUAUCCUGAAUUUUGUAAUUUGUUUUGCAUUUUGUAAAAUACUCCGGUAACUUCAGUGAACAUUGACGGACAAACAGAAUUGGAAAAUCGAAGAUCCGCGUCUUAAGUCGCUUUUUUGUAUUACAAAUUUAAUAAAUCGUUAAACUGAAUUAUAUUCUU